AUGGGACUGCUCGGAGAGGGCUCGGAGCAACACUACACAAUCAGAGCUAUACUCCUCGAUCCUUGGGACCACACCUGUCCCUCCGAACCUCCCCACAUCAAUGCGGCAGCAUCAUUCAAAGAAGGCGACACAAUACCGAAAGCCAAGGACCUCAACUAUGAAGUAAACGGGUCCCGGUUCCAAACAUCACCACCCUCUGCAUCCAUAUCCGAUCGAGUCCGUCUCCUCAUGCGUCGAGUCCCCUACCCCGUCGCAAUCAUAACAGCAAAUGAUCCGUCAGGUCCGCAAGAUACGACAUCUUUUCGCGGCAUGACUGUCUCUUCAUUUAGCACCGUCACACUCACCCCGCACCCGGUGAUCUCAUUCAACGUGCGCCGUCCAUCGGAGACAUUGAACGCGCUGCUGGCCUCACGCCGUUUCCUGGUUCAUUUGCUAGCGCCGGGACCUGCGACUGCUACUCUAGCACGGGAUUUUUCUAAGGGAAAUAUCACUCUCGCUGCUAUGUUGAGCGGUCAUGGAGAAUUUGAGUUUGCGGCUUUGCCUGUCGGGGGCGAGGAAAGACCUCUUCCUAUUCUUAAGCGAAGAGAGGGUUCAUCGAGUGGUGGAUCUGGUGUUGACUUCCCUUUUGUGCUUGAGUGCACUCUUCACCCUGAUAAGAUUGAGAUUCAUGAUCAUUCGAUUGUGCUAGGGACUGUAGUUCGGACGUUUGAGGGCUCUGGGCCUGUUCAUUCGGAACUGGAACAGGAUGGUCAGGUCUUGGAUGAACAUUCGCCUGACCGUCUUUGUUUGACAUAUGCAAAUACCAAGUUCUGGAAGAUGGGAGGUGAGAUUUAA